AUGUUGUCAUGCCGGGCCUGGGCACACCUGCCGCCGGAGCUUGUCUGCCGCAUCGCCGACGGACUUGACGACCUCAAGUGCUAUGCGGGUGCGCGGGGAACUUGCACGACAUGGCGUUCCACGCUAACUCCGCUGUUGUCAUCGCUGCUCGUGGACCACAGCGACGACCACGGCAAGCGCUGCAUCACCACUGCCAUAGAGCAUCGUACGGGCUCAAACCCAUCUCUUCAUGGCAAUCUCUGCCCUGCUGCAUGCCGCUCCUUCAAGCUCACCACAAUCUCCUCGGUUAGGACCUAUCUUGGCUGUUGCGGCGGAUGGCUUGCCCUCUCUGUCUGCAUCAACAACAGUCAUAGUCUCCUCAACCUUGUCCACCCAGUCAUGGCCGCCGAGAUCCUCCUGCCCCCACUGAUCUACGACAGCCUCGUCUCCAAGAUGGUCUUUGUACCCAACCCCGCCACUAACGACUUCCUCGCCGCCGUGAUAUGUGACAUCAAUAGGCUUGCCUACAUUACUGCUGGGGCCAGGAGGUGGGCCGUCCUCGACCCCAUCCGCCUCGCCGAGGAAGACCUGAUCGCCAACCUGCUCUACCACAGAUAUGGUAUGGUUUACUGCCUCACUCGGUUUGGAGAUGUCCACGUGCUCCGCCUGCCUCAUCACCGCUGCAGGGAACACUGUCAUCCACGAGGGCCACACAUUAGCACAUCAGAUCUAAACGCACCAGCCACUAUUGAGACACUGUUGUCAUAUGUGGGAAGCAACCUACUGUCCGACGCCGCCACCAGAUUCGCCCCGCCAUAUAAUUCAAUAUCGACUUUCACUAGUGCUAAUAACCUUGUGUUAUGCGAUGGUAGCAUAUACCAAAUGUGGAGGAAUGCAGCCUGCAUGGUUAGUUUGCAGCUUCCAGGAGGGUGUCGUUGCCUUGUAGAACAUGACAAAGUAUUUGUUCUGAGGUAUGACCCCCAGCGCCAACCAUGUUGGGACGUUGUGGCCGACAUAAGGGGACACUCAGUGUUUUUUGGGAGGAACAAUGCAGUGUCGAUAUAUGCGGAAGGUGUUCCGGGACUCAAGGGUGAUUGUGUGUACUAGAUAGGUGGGAGAGGUAGGGAUUGGGGCAUGGUGUAUGACAUGAAAACUUGCAUGUCAACACCUUGCAUUCCCCUCAUGGAUGGUGUCGUUCCGGGAUGUCCACAAAGCACAAUCUGCUGGUACUUUAUAAGCAAUGAAUGA